UUGGCUCUAUGUAUGCACAUAAUUAUAUGUAUAAGUAAGUGGAUGUAGUUUUUGUUUGAAAAUAUUUUCUAUUCAUAUACUUAAUAGGCAAUGAGUUUUUCUUCUCCGUUUGAAAAGAUAACUACAUAUAACAACUAACUUUAUGAUUAUUCCUUUAUAUAAUAAAGAAUCACCAAGGUUCCACAACUAUGAAAAAUUAUCAACAGAUUUUCAUCCUUAAUUAGUAAGUGAUCCAUGUCUAAAUGGGCUAAUUGUUUUGGUGGACAUAGUCGAUACCCCAGCUCUCUUUCUCCCUAGAUCACAUGAUUCACACGCCUAGCUCUCCCAUCUUCUCCCCGAAACGGGGAGCCCUUUCCCCUCGCCCCGGCGCCCCGCUAAAAUCCCCUCUCCUCAGCACUCGUCUGUCCUUACAUGGCCGGGGCCAGACCUAGUAGCCCUCCCUCACGCUAGCGCAUUCCGAACUCCCACUUCCCACUCCUCAGAUCGCCGCUUCUGCAGUAGAGCAGCUGGCUCGCCGAUGGAUCACCAGCUGCGGCAGCGGCAUCAGCGCAGUACCAGGGGCAAUGCUUCCGGCAGCGAGAGCAGGAACGGGAACGGGAGCGGCGGCGCGUCGUCGGGGAGGCACAAGGGCGGCGGCGGCGGCAAAGGCGGGGGCAAGAAGCCGAUCAAGGUGGUGUACAUCUCCAACCCCAUGCGCGUCAAGACCAGCGCCUCGGGCUUCCGCGCCCUCGUGCAGGAGCUCACCGGCCGCCACGCUGACCCGUCCAAGUACAGCCCCGAAGACCUGAGCAGCGUGGGUGGCGGCGGCGCCGACGAAGAGGCCGAAGUCGCCGGCAUCGACGGCGCCGCGCAGGGGCUCAGCCCCGGUGGCGCGGCCGCGUCGUCUGACACCGUUGUCGCCAGUCCCAGCACCGCGGCGGACCACCAGCUCGACGCCGCCACGGUCGCGCCGCACGGCGGGGACUACGACGAGGAUGAGGACGACGAUGUCUUCAGGUCGCAGCUGCUGGAGAACAACUACGCGAUGUUCUCGCCGCCGACGCUGCUCUACGACCACCACCCACACAGCAAGUUUCCAUAUGGUUAAGCGCACUUGCGCAGAUCAUGGUACACGAUGCUGGGAUGAAGCCGUAGUUCAUGGUCCGCCGCUGCUCGUCAAAAUCUUUGCAGAGAAUGUGAAUUUAUGAGAGGUGUGGUUUGCUAUUGGCUGUGUUAUUUGUUCCUGGCCGUAGCGGGAAUAGGAUUAUAGGAAUCUCUGGUUUCUGUCCCGCAGUGUUUGGGCGAUGAUAAGCUGAUGCAUGGCUCGGUCCUAAUAAACAUAGAGUAAUCAACCAGAUUUGUCUAUGCAAAUUCACCGACAAAAGAUAAAUUAACCUUCCAGACAUGAGAACUCUUCGAUGAAGGAAAUUAUAUUCUUUAUUUGUCUUUUUUAAUA